UGGUAAUGUGAUAAUGACAACAUUGUACACGUUGCUAAUUUUGUUCGAUGAAUAAUUUAAUGAGUUAACACAUUGUAUUUAUAAAACCUGUAGGUGAAAUGGGCAGAAGGCUCAGUUGACACGUUGAGAAACACCAAUAUCCAAAAUGGGAGUCGGAGAUAGUCGAAACCCUCCUCAAACGAUCGAUCAACUGUCUCAACAACAGCAACAAGAUCCUAAUGCACCAUCAUGGUGGUACAAAAUUCUACUUAAAGCGGCAGGUGUGAUAGGUGGAAUAGUUGCUAUGAUAACUGGUCUUGUAUCAUGUAUAACAUUAACUGCUAAAUGUUUAAUAGCUGGUGUAUUUUUAAUCUGCUUUGGAGCAUUUGUUGUAAUGUUCGAAGCACCAUGUUGCUGUCCAUGGAUAGAAUUUAUAAACCAAAUUACUGCUUUUUCUGAACGCAGACCAGCAUGGCAAAAAGCAAUUUUUUAUGGAGCGCCAUCUUUUAUUCCAUUAAUAUUGUGUUUUGGUCUAACAACAUUUUUUGGUGUUGCAUUGAUUUUUGUGACAGCAGCUCUGUAUGGUUUGCAGGCCCUUGGUAGAAAAGCCGAUCGUCAGACCAUGAUAGCCAAUGCUUCAAAACGUGAUGACGUAGAAAUGAAAGAAACUUUAAUAGAAAAUGAAGUACAUCCUGAUCUACAUGUACCUUCCAAAUAGAAUUCUAGACCAUAUAAUACAUAAUAUAAACCUUCCAUCUGUCAAAAAAAGAUAGACAAGAAAAAACAACUCUAAUAGACUUAUGUAGGCUAUAGACAGUGUAGCGGUGCAUAUUUUAGUAAACAAGGUGUUAUAAACUGUUGUGCUGUAGUGAAUUGUUGGAAUAGCAGAAUUGUGAUUAUGCCCAGAAAGGAUAAAAACAUAAGAAAACUGAAUAUAAACAAAAAAAAAAAUUGUUUUGAAACAUUGAAGAAACAAAAAUGAGAGAAUGAUCUUAGAGUAUACCUGCAUGUGGGCUGUUUUGUGGUCAGUGUCAAUGGCAAGAGUGUGUAGCUUAAAUAGAUGUAUUUAUCAGUAUUUUCAUUAUUGGUGUUACAAUUAAACAUUAAUUGCAAAGAAAUGGAUGUAUAUAAUUAAUUGUUGUUUAGCUUAAUCCAUCCUUACUUUAUUGGUAAUGACAUAGAUAUCUAUUGUCUGGAGUAUAUGGUAAAAAGAUCUGAAACAAGUGAUAUUUGAAAACAAUUUUCAAAUGGAUUUCAAAAGCUCUCUUUUGGUAUGUGGUACUAUGAAAAAUUAGAGGAAAGUUGACGAUUUUUAUAUUGAGUUUUGUAGCUGAUCUUCAAACCUCCCCAAACUUCUGCUCUUUAUACAUGUAUCACUUCUAAACCAGCGAGUCCCAUAAAUAUUUUAACGUCUUUAAAUAGUUCAGAGCUAUUCAUGUUACUUGGUCUUUGGGAUGCUAAAGGGAUCAGUAGUUUCAGGCAGGGUUAAAGUUUGGAUCAUCCAGUUUAUAAAUGGUCAUAGGGCUUUUAAACCAAUCAGUUUUUUAGCUAACUACAUGUACAUGUAUAUAUCCACAAGACUGUGACAAUCAUAAAGAGAACCUUCUCUCAGAUAUAGAACAAUGUUGUGAUUUUAUUCUUAUAGUAUAGUGGGUGCAAUAUAAUAUGAAACCUGAGUAUCAGAACUUUUGAAUAGCAUAUCAUUAAAUUGUAGUUGAUAUUAUUGUAGUUCUUCCAUUUUUGGGGUAACGCAUUGAGGUAGUUAAUAUAUUUAGAUUAUAUUAUUACGGUAUAAAUUGUGUUAUUUUGUAAAGAGUUCUGUCUCACUAUUAUACAUGUAGUAAUGUACCGGUACAUGGGAUUUAUUUAUAAAGUAGGUGAUCGCUAGUAAUUUGUAAUGUGCUAUUAUGUGAAUAUGAUACAAGUCAUGUUUGUUAGUGUGUGCUAUACAUAUAAUAGUGCUUGUUUAGAAUAAAUCAUUCUAUUAAUAGAUAUCAGCUGAGAUAUUCCAAAUAAAAAAGUGAUUGAUCUUCUUUGAUAUUAGUUUAAAUUGAGUUAUCUCCUUUAGACCCAAAGAUACUGUGAAUUUUAACUGGAACAUAUAAUAUAUACAUGUAUAUCCUUCGAUCAAAUAUACAACACAGUCCUUUGAUUUAAAUUUUUACAUUUUUUUGAAUAAGUUUUGAUUUUUAUUAUUUUGAUAUCUGAAAUGAAACUUUAAUAACCAUAUUUCAAGAAGUAUAAAAAAUAAAAUCAAGGAACCAAACCAAUAUGGAAGUACAUGUAUGUGUAGUAACAGCAUUCAGAUUUCAGGUCAUAGACUUGAUCUAGUUUUCAAAAGUUAGAGGAUUAUAAUACUUAUUAAAGAGAGCUGGCUGUUUCAUAUAGCCUAUGAUUACCAUAUACAGAAUUAUUUAGCUAUUAAGAAUUAUAAGUUUUGCAUAAUCAGUUUUUUAAAGUUAUGUUUAACCAUAUUAUACAUGUAAUGAGAUUAAUGUUUUUAAAUGACUGUUAUACUUUCAGCAUGUACAUGUAAUUAUCAUUAUGUGAUCCUGCGAUCUUCAGAUUGUACUUAAAAUUUUAUUCUAGUAGCAAAUUAAACUCUGUAAUCUUCUUCAGUCAGUCAAGUUAAUUACUAUGUGUAUUUACGAUACAUACAUGUAUACAAAUUUAAGUGAAUUUUAGUGAAAAUAAUAUUGUAAUUUCAAAGUUUCAUGCCAUUAAAAUUAAUUGUUUUGCAUUUUGUAAAUCACCCCAAGUCUUCUUUCUUAAUACUAACAUUUUGAUUGUACAUGUAUGUUAUUUUAAAUAUAUUUAUGUGGGUACUGUUUUUAUUUAAUUUUGAUUUGUAUAAAUUAUCUGGUUUAUUUUUUUAUUAUUUAUUGGGAAUACUACACUUUAUCAUUCAUUUAAUGUCCAGAUUUGUAAAAUCCAUGACAAAAUAACUAUAUUCAUGAGUUCAUUCGUGUUUAUUUUUCAUUAAAUAUAACUCUAUACAUGUAGGUCCAGAACUAAUCUCUUGUUGUUUGAUACCCAGUUUUUAAUCUGUGGGUUAAAUCCACAUUUAACCAUUUUUAUAUGCCCACAUUGAAAUGUGGUCGUAUAUUGUUGUCGCCCCCGGCGGUCCGGCGUAAGUUAAUAUCGGAUUGACUUUAAAUUUAUGCACAGUGUUUAAGGUCAUGAGACGAAGAAGCCUAUUGAUUUUCAGCGAUUUCCAAUAAUUACUGCCAGUGUUAUGGCCCUUGAUCACUUCAAAAAAUUUUGUGAACACUCUAAAGGCUAAAGUUAAUAUCCGAUUGUUUUUAAAUUUAUACACAGUGUUUAGGGUCAUGAGAUGAAGUCUAUUCAUUUUCAGUGAUUUUUGAUAUUUACUGCCAGAGUUAUGGCCCUUGAUCACUUUGAAAAAUCUUGUGGACGCUCUAGAGGCUAAAGUCAAUAUCUGAUUGACUUUAAAUUUACACACAGUGUUUAAGGUCAUGAGAAAAAGAAGUCUAUUCAUUUUCAGUGAUUUUCGAUAAUUACUGUCACAGUUAUGGCCCUUGAUCACUUUGAAAAAUCUUGUGACGUUCUAGAGGCUAAAGUUAUCAUCCGAUUGACUUCAGAUUGAUACACAGAGUUUAAGAGCUUGAGACGAACAAGUAUAUUGAUUUUCAAUGAAUUUUUAUGACUUGAACAGCUAAAUCCAUGAUAUUAAAAGUUUUGUAUACUAAAGUUAGCAUGGGGCAGAACUUUAUAAAAACCAAACAAAUUCUAAUGGUUUUCUGAUAAUUACUUCAUGAGUUGUUACUCUUAAUCAGAUUGUAGUGUAUUAUAAAUGUUUCAUUACCGAAAGAAGUAAAAAUGUGAGACAACACUUGUUGACUGCCCAGAUGAUUUAGCUGCUUUGGGCGUAUGUUUCGUUGCCUGGCAACCUAUCUUUUCUUAUAUUAUAUGAAAAGGUAAAAUGAUUCAAAGAGAUCAAAUCUCAUAGUUUUAGUUUAAAUGCCUGGGAUUACUCAUAUAAAAUUUAAUUAUUUACUAGGAUUAUAAAUAACAAAACUAACUGUUAACGUAUUAUUUUAAUUUAUUUGUUGGCUUUUUAUAUUUAAUGUACAUGUAAUAUCUUGUUAUAAAAUACCACCAUUCCCAAAACAUCAGAACAAUACAAAAUUUUAUAUUUGCUAAAUGUUUGCCCAAAUUAUACCCUUUUAAACCAUUGUCAUUUGGUCAUUGGGGAUGCUGUUUCAUUUUAACUCCCUCUCUGCAGCGCCCAAACACACACACAAUGGACUUCUGAAUUAUUGUAUGGAGAGCAGUUUUAUUGUAAACUAAUAGUGGCCAGUACCAGAUCACUUUAUUGUUAAAUUAAGACAUCUCUUAAUAUUAUUAAUGUAGAUUUCAUUAUUAUUAUUAUUGAUAUUAGGUUAUUUUAUGUGAGAUAUUUAUAUGAACGAUACUAAAAUAAAUGGUGAUAUUGAAAA